AUGAUAUCGUUGCCAUUAUUACUGUUCUUAUCCAGGUGCCUAUUUACCUAUAGCUCAAGUGUUCUACCAGUAUUUCCUUCAACUUAUUCUCAGUAUUUUGAUAAUUCUUCACCUCGAGUUAAUAUAAGCCUUUCUGAAGCAUUCCUCCUGGGCGAAGAAAACCAAGGCAUAUUUGGUCUUUCCCUUUGAAUUAAAAUAAUUGAUUCAACAGCAAGUGGCGAAAUUUUCAAAUUCGAGACAGAAAAGAGUCUUAAUGAACCUAGAUAUUGAUAUCCCAAUCUCCAAUAUUCACCGCAUGGCUAUUUUAUUUUACAAUUAAUUGAUAAAGAAGACACAGAUAUAGCCCAAGAGCGAUUAUUGAUCGCCCUGGGCUAUAAUAAGGCUCAGAAACUCCCCGAGUUGGUUUUUCAACUCAAGUUGACAAACCAACUCGGGGAGUUGACAAAUACCCUUUAUAGGCGGCAUUUGUCAACUCCCCGAGUUGGUUUGUCAAUUUGAGUUGAAAAACCAACUCGGGGAGUUUUCUGAGCCUUAUUAUAGCCCAGGGCGAUCAAUAAUCGCUCCUGGGCUAUAUCACAAUCAUUUUUGUAUUAUUUAUUUAGACCCCCUCCACAAAUUGAAUAUUUCUAGCUUUCUCUGUCAGCUAUGAAAUGAAAUCUUCCAUUUUUUAUUAUACUGUGAAUCUCUUUUUGGCUCAUUAUAAAAAAGCCUGAAUAGGCCUUGUGACUAAUCCACUCUAAAAGUACUAUAUAUAGUCAAUAUUGCAGAUUCUAAUUUAAACUGGCUUGAUCAGUAUAAAUUGUUCAAGCCAAUGGCUCGAUCUUGCUGAAUGUAUUGUUCAGGUGACAAAAAAUGAAGCUCUUGAUAUACAAUAGUUUAGGAACAGAAAUUUAUAAAAGUGGAAAAUAUACUUCUAAUUUUCCUAUGAAAUUUGAUUCAUUAUUAUGGAUUGGAGGACCAGGAAACAUGUGUGCAAGAAUUGGCGAUGUUAAAUUUUAUAAUAAUAUUUGCAAUGAUGCUGCUGAUUGAAAUUUAGUUGCCUUAAAUUCUUGCAUAGGGAUAAGCUGUGCAAGUUUAUAUCCAAGUAUUUGUUAUGCUGAAUGCGAUCAAUGGUGUAAAAGUGAAUCAGAAUGGUUUUUACCUUUAAUAAGGCCUGUUUUAAACCCUUAUAUGCCUUAUAUUAGUAUUCAGCGUAGGAGUUAUGAUAUAAAAUAUGAGGAUGUCUAUUUUGAUGUAAAUAUUCCUGCAAAUGGAUGAAACGAUUAUUCAGUUACAGGUUGGGUCCAAUUCCCAGUAUGUCAUUCUGAAUUAACUACAUUUUUUGAGCUCGCGAAUGCGUUUGCUGUGCCAGUUUUGAAUAUUAGCUUGACAUCUAGCUCUUUAUCAAAUCCUUGUGACACACUUAUGGCGGCUGUUUAUAAUCUGAAUAGCGUAAAUUAUGCAUAUAGCUCUGUGUCACUUAUCCUUUUUAGAUUAGCAAGCAAUUUAUUGCUCGAUAUCAUGCAGAUUUUUUUAUUGCUUAAAAAAUGCUCUAAAAUUGAAGCUUCAAGAAUUAUCUAGAGAAACAAUGGCUAUAAUCAUUAAAUUAUAUUUCAAAUUAUUAUUUAUAAAGCUUAUUAAAAAAGUAGAGAUAAAUUUAACCAAUUUUUUUCGCUAACAAAGGGGGUGUUAGCAGUUCAAGCUUUAUUGGAAAUUGGUUCUUUUUUGGGGCUACUGUUAAUUCAGGAUCAAAAUUGCUUACUUUAUAUACUCAAAAUAGCGCUAAUCCACCUUCAGCUUCAUUUCCUCUUAUUUCUUCAUCAUUUGCUUAUCCUUAUGUAGCUGCACCGUUAACUGUUUCAAUAAAGUUUUAUAUCGGCGAGAAUGCAUAUUUUAUAAUAUACCCAGGAAAUUAUGCGGAUUUUCGGGUUUACCCUGGAAAUCAUAUUGAUACCACAUUAUUGCAAUAUAGCAAUAAUAUAUAUAGUGCUGCUACUUAUAUUGAACCUCACUGUUCUCUAUGGGAGUCAAUUUGGUAUUGCAAAGCAUGCGAAAAUGGAUAUUUUAUUAAAAAUGGACUAUGUCAAAGUAAUUCAUAAGUAGAAUGUCACCCUUCAUGUGAGACAUGCAGCUCAGAUAAUACAGAAACUGUGUGCUUAAGCUGUGCAAAUGGAUAUUAUGCUCAGCCAGGCCAUCCUACUAUGUGCCUUGAUUAUUGCCCACUAGGCUAUAUAUGGGAUUCUUCUCUUAGAAAAUGCACUGGUACAAAAGAUACUAUCGCCAACAUUAAUUUUGAUGACAAUCUAUCAGGAAACUUUAUUUCUUCCAAUAUCUACGUUGGCUUUGGCAAGGAAAAAAACUAUUACCCAGAUUUCGACUUUUUCGAUCCUUUGCCUGCCAACAAAAGGGGUAUCUAUUUAGAUAACGACGAGUUAACUAUUACUCCAAAAGAUUCUAUACAGGCUGGAAGAUUAGUGGGCACUGAUUUCACAAUCGAAAUAUGAGCUAUGGUUCAUUCUUACGGGGAUCUAUAUAAGGCAAGCGUAGGUCGCGCAUUUAUUAUCAAUGAUCCAGUAUUGAAUUAUGAAAACUUCUACCAAAUAAUCGUUGCAGAGUUUAAAAUAGAUCAAUAUGAGAGAUUAUCAUUUUUAGUACAAGUUAUAGAUUCAGAAUAUAAGCAUCUAAAUAUCGACACAGCUUGACCCACGAUUAUUAACUCUUUCAGUAAUCCGGAAUGAUGCUUAUAUUCCCUUUCGCUAUCCUACGACGAUUUAUCAAAAACUACUCAAAUUUUGCUUUCAACAAAUACUGAUCAUUAUAUUGAGACAGUUGCAGCUUAUUAUAAAGAGCUCUAUGGAAUGAAUCAUUAUAUAGGAGAUCUGCCGAGUGCAGCUCGCGGAUUCUUCUAUAGCUUUGCAAUGUACAAUUAUGCAAAAACUUAUAGUGAGAUUCAGCUAACCUUAGGAAUUUGCAGUUCCUGCUCAGCUUGCCCAGGGGUCUUGAAUUAUUGUUUACCGACUUGUGAUAAAACAGAAUAUGUAGAUGAUAACGGAAACUGCCAAAAAUGCCUAAGUUCAUGCACAGGGAUAUGCUCAAGAGCUGGCACUUGUAACCUCUGCUAUGAUGAUUUGUGCUAUAAAUGCACCAAAUAUGAAUCUGGGACUUGUAGCCAAUGUGUUGAAAAUGCGAUUCUUAAAAGCGGACAGUGUGAAUGCCAAAGCGGAUAUAUAAAGCAAAGUUCUAAAUGUGUAGAUAAGUGUGAAGACGGGUAUUACCUUGAUUUAAAUACUCAAUCAUGUCUCAGCUGUCUAUCAAAUUGUUUGAAAUGCAGUGAAGAAAACAUUUGCACUAUAUGUGAAAACGAUUUUGUUUUAAAAAAUGGGAUCUGCGAAUGCGCAGACAGCUAUUUUACCGAUUCUUCAAAUAAAUGCUCUAAAUGUGAUAGCCUGUGCUUAACCUGCUCAAUUAUUUCAUCAAAUUGCACAUCUUGUACCCAGAGCGCUCCUAUUUUAUAUGACACCAAUAAUUGCUAUCCUUGCAAAUCAUUUGAAGGAUACUCCAGCUCCUUUAUUGUUUCAGCUAAAGAUUUUUCAGACACUUUGCUAUCUCAGUUAUCUUCUAUAGUUAACUACACCGACUGGCACGGGGUGCUUUUGGCUCAGUUUCGAGCCAAAAGCAUCCCGUGCCAGUCAGUGCAGUUCACUAUAAUUGUAUUGAAAUAUGUGGAGAUGGAAGAAAUAUGGGGCAAGCACAAUGUGACGAUGGGAAUAAUAACAAUGGAGAUGGCUGCUCAUCUAAUUGCACUGUAGAAACUGGAUGAUCUUGUAGUGGAGGAAGCACAAACUCUCUUGAUAUAUGUAAAGAUUUAAUGCCGCCCUCUCCAAUUCUUGCAUAUUUAAGUGAAAACGGCUCAGGCUAUCUUCUUGUUUUAUCAUUCAGCGAAGCUGUAUAUUUCGACAUUGAAAUACCAAAAAAUAUUAAAAUAGAAAUUUCUGGAAUUACAAAAUUUAUAUGGUCAAUUUCUUUGAAAAAUUCUAUAUAUAUUAUUACAUUGGAAAUUUAUGAAAAUGUUGCUAGUGGGACAAGUGUAAUUGUAAAUUUUAUAGACCCAAGCUCAGUUGUAGAUUUAAAUGGGAAUGUAAUGCAAGAAAGCUACGCUCAAACCAAAUUGGCUACUUCAUUUACUUAUCAGUUAGGUCAGUUAAUGGAGACGUCUGUAACUACUGUUACCACAUCUGCAACUGUUGGAGCUGUUGUUGGGUCUAUAUCAUCAGGCAUGACUCUUGGGAUGUUUAAUCUUCAAGCAUUGUGGGGUAUGGUUGAAAUGAUGCAAAUUCAGUAUUAUUUAAUAUUUUUGUCGCCAAAAUAUCCUGAUAAUCUUUUAUCAUAUAUCAGUGCUCUUAGCAUAGCAAAUGGAAAUUUCUUGCCAAACCCUUUCCAAAAAUAUUUAAUCAAGAGAGAUCCAUUUCCUGAUCCUCCUGAAAGAUUUAUAGAAGAAAACUUUAAUACUGAUUUUAUUAUGAAUGCUGGACAAUUUUUGCUAGUUUGGUUUCUCAUUUUGAUAGGUCUUCCGAUAGUUUUGCUUUUUUUAAAACUUUUUCCAAAAGUUUCAAUAUUUAGGUGGCUUAAAAGAUCGUAUUUAUUCUCAAUCUUACUAAGAAUAGGAAUCGAGUCAUUUUUAGAAAUCACUCUCUCAGUUUUUCUCCAGUGAAGAGAAAUCUCAGAACCAAAUCAAAAUAUAGGCUACCUCUCAUUGAUUUUAAGUUUUAUUACUAUGGCUUAUCUAAUACUAACAUUUUUGCUUAUUAUUUGGCAAGUUACGCUGAAGUCAGAGGAGGAGCUUACUACAGAGGUUCAUGAAGUACGAUUUGGCACAUUAUAUGAGGGCUUUAAAACUAGCUCAAAACUAACAGCAUCAUUCCUUUUAUUACAAAAUGCACGCAGAGUGCUCUUUGCUAUUUUUUGUGUAUUUUUAUAUGAGUAUACAAUUAUUCAAGUUACACUUUCAGCUGUCUUAUCAUUUAUCUAUACAAUUUCAUUAGUUCUAUUAAGACCUUUCAAAUCAAAAAUUUUAGGCAAUGGUCUCCACAUAUCUAGCGAAUUUUGCUAUUUUUCUGCACAUUGUAUGAUACUUAAGUUUUUAGAUGACCAAUUAUCUGACAACGACAGGGUAAGGCUAGGCUGAAUCGUUAUUGCUCUAUUAUGUUUUUCUGUGAUGCUUCAUAUAUUUGCGCUUUUUAUAACACAGAUUAUUAGCAUUAUCCAAGGAAUUAAGCAUCUUAAAAACAAUUUUAUGAAAAAUUUUGCUAAUAAAUUUGUGCACAUUGGAAAGUCAAAUUUAAAGUCUAUUAUAUUAGAUAAUAAAGUUUCACCAAAAAAUCAGGAAAAUGAAAGUGAAAGUUUUACUAAAAGGAAAAGAAAGCAUAUAGAAAUUAAAGAUGAAAUCCACUCAUUUAGAAAGACCAAAAUUGUCCCAAUUGAUGAAAGUUUAUAUACAGAUACUAUGGGCGAUGAAUUUUUCACAAGGAAAGAAUAG